GUUAUGCGGCUGAUGAAACUGAAAGUGGUGCUGCUUCGGCUUUGAUCGGGCAGUUUCACCUUCAAAACGUGCCCGGGACUGGGACAGCUGAGGGGGUUAGGGUUGGGGGAGGCUCGAUCGCGGAGGGGGGGCAGGUAGCCAGGAAGAGCCUCGUCUCCUAAGGCCGCAAAGUAUGAACGGGGGCGUGGAGUGUCUUCUCUCCGAGGAAGUGAUCAAUCUCACUCGAGGACCCUCAGGCCUAGGAUUUAAUAUAGUCGGCGGGAUAGACCAACAGCACAUCGCGAAUGACACUGGCAUCUAUGUUAGUCGGAUCAAAGAAAAUGGUGCUGCUGCACUUGAUGGACGCCUGCAAGAAGGAGAUAGAAUUUUAACAGUUAAUGGCAAGGAGCUGAAGAACAUGCUGCACCAGCAUGCUGUGGAUCUGUUCAGGAAUGCAGGCAACAAUGUUUCAUUAAAGGUUCAGCACAGGCAGGUGCCCCAGAAUGGUCCUUCAAGCCACCGAGGGGAUGGAGAGGCAGGAGGCAUUCCCUUGGCUGUGAUUUUGGUGCCUGGGCUGGCAAUAACAGUAGCUGCCAUAUGGGCCUUCUUCAGAUAUCGACAACGGCUGUGACCCACAUCCAUUCUAGAAGACCUUGUGCAAGGGAAGACCUACAGAUCUGUCAUGUGAUUAAAGAGAGAAAUUUGACUGUCUUGUUCAGGCUUGGCAUUGGGGGAAGAGAGAAUCAUUGCCUAACAUAAAGUUGCUGCUGCUUAUGAUGUGACGAAUUUCAUGCACCUGGAGGUUCAGAUGAUUGCCUAGAAACUGGGAUGUCCCACUUCACUGGUCCUGCAGAAGCUUGGUUAAUCUGCCUCUGAUGUUUUGUUUUUCUGUUACCCCAUGAAUGUUCAUUUGUCUCUGUGUUUGUAAAAUGUAGGCUGCAGUACAAGACUGGCAUAUUGAACCUUGAUCAAGGACAUGACUUCUGACACAGGUCAUUUAACACUUCAGGAACGUGAGAGAUAAUUCUGGAGCAGCUACCAAUAUGAAUUCAGUUUGCUCCUGUGGCCAGGAGAAAUUAGAUGCCUGGAGCAUGCAGGAAGAUGCUUGCCUGUUAAAAAGGAUCCUUUGGAUUGCAGGCACUGCAUCUGAUCAGGAAGUGGAAAUACUGGAUGAGUUCAUUCAUAACCCCUCUCAGUAGGUAGAGAUGAAAACAAUGAUGAGUCUAUUCUUAUGUUGUUUUUUCCAGUUGUGGAAGCUGGCUGCUGUUUUUCUUAGAGAAGUGUAUAAAGUUUCAUCUAUGGCUUCAGGUCAUCUGCUGACACAAAACUAGCCAUAAAUAUUGGAUAUAGUUCA